UUUUUAAUCUAACUAGCUUCACGCAGGUUUCCGCGUGUUGAUACUGAAGAGAGAGGUUCGAGGAGAAACAAGUUUUUCGCACCUCAGAGACCCAAAUUCAGGCCAAAACCAGCGCAAAAUGGACAUGAAGAAGAGAGUCUCCUUAGAACUAAGACACCGGUCGCCGACAGAAGUCCAGGAGCUCGUUCUGGACAACUGUCGCUCCGGAGAAGGAAAGAUCGAAGGAAUCACAGAAGAGUUCUCCAACCUCGAGCUGCUCAGCCUCAUCAACGUCGGCCUGACCAGCGUAGCAGACAUCCCCAAACUGGACAAACUCAAGAAGUUGGAGUUGAGUGACAACAGGAUAUCGGGCGGUCUGGAGGUCCUGGCGGAGCGGCUGGUGAACCUGACGCACCUCAACCUCAGCGGGAACAAGUUCAAAGACAUCAGCACCCUGGAGCCGCUGAAAAAGUUGCCCCAGCUGAAGAGCCUCGACCUGUUUAACUGCGAGGUGACCAACCUGGCCGACUACAGGGAGUCCAUCUUUAAGCUCCUCCCCCAGCUCACCUACCUGGACGGCUACGACAUCGACGACUGCGAGGCGUCCGACUCGGACGGGGAGGGGGACGGCGUGGAGGACGAGGACGAGGAGGGUUUGGAGGGGGAGUCGGAGGACUUUGACGAAGAGGAGGAGGAAGACGAGGAGGACGUCGUGGCCGAAGAGGACGACAGCGCCGACGACAGCGCUGAUGAAGAGGAGGGAGAAGUGAACGGAGACCUGGACAGCGAAGACGAGGAAGAUGAAGACGACGAUGACGACGUUGUUGUUUUGUCUUCUGCAGACGAGGACUCGUCUCCGGCCAAAGGAGAGAAGAGGAAGAGGGACCCUGAGGAUGAGGAGGACGAGGAGGAAGAUGAUUAAGGACCCCUGUAAACCCCUGACCUCUUGCCUGUUGACCCGCCCUCCCCCCCUAAAUGACCCCACCACCACCCCCGAGCUGGGCCGCCUCCUCCUUCCACUCUCCUGGGCUGCGUUCCAUUUCUACAGCCGGCCUCCUCCCGCUGCGCCCUCGUCUCCUCCCUGCAUCUCCAACCUAAUUUAUCAAAACUGGUUCCUCUUUUUUCAAUCUUUUCCAAAGUUUCUCCCCAUCCAGAAGUUUCAGGCUUUUUAAAAUCAUCUCAUCAAAAGUUCCAAAAAUAUCUAAUAACUUCUCCACGUUCCCUUUAAAGGUUUUGAUCACUUUGUGGCGCACAGUACGCGAUUAUUUUUCAUCAACUCUUUUCUAUAAAAUACAAAAAUUGUUAAGAAAAAAAGUCCACUUCUAUUUUCUCGGAGCAGAAAGUAAUCCGAUGUUUUGUUUUUCAGCCCAAAUAGAAUGAAAUGUGAAAAAGAAGGUUGGAGAUCCAUAACUGUGGGAGCAGGAUCCCGUUAACGUUAUCUUGACUUCAGAUGAAUCACCCAGAAAUAUUCAGUCAAUCAAUAAACCGCCGACCGAUUGACCGUUAUAAUCUCGGGCUACUGUUUUUUUUGUUUUUCAGAGAAAUGUGGACAAACGCGUGAACUCUAAAUGUUUUGAGGUUAUUUACUUUGUCUUUAAUCCUGACGUGCUUUGCAAAAUUAUUAUUUUUAAACCGCAGACGUGAAGUGGAAGAUUCCAACUCGAGUGACGCGUGAGCGUCGCCGCUGUGGGAGAAAGCCGGCAGCUGUGACAUCUGCCCCCCAUCCUCCCCCCCCCCCCCUCCUCCUCCUCCUCCUCCUCGGGGCAAACUGUGUUCUCUUUUUUGCCAACAGAGCUUUUUAAAAGAAAUAUUUUUUCAGAGAAAUGUUUUUUUUGUUGUUGUUUAAUUUUGUAUUGUUGUCUGGGGACACUGUCCCUCAUGUCCCUCAUGUCUCCCCACCUUUCUGCUCAGAGAUCCAGUCGAUCCUUCACGCUCACACUGACUAGUUGACGUUGUGUUUUUCUUUUCUUUAUUUUUUUUUUACUUUCUGUAAGUUAAAGGAAAAUCGACCAAAAAAACACACGAGGACUUUGUAAAUAAAAUCUUAACAUUUUG